AUCCUACUUCCCAUGAUUCACAGUAACAGCGCCAUUUUGAGCAUUUCGCGGGAGAAGUCAGCGUGCGCGUGCUUUGGGAAGAGGGAGAUUUAGACGUUCUUGUGUGCGUCCAAAUGUCGGCUUAGCUGGACUACAGUGAAGAUGUGGAUCCUGUCCAACAUUUCACAAGCAGAUUGUGAGUAUAAUCUCCUAGUCGACCAAGAGUACCAGGUUGGAAGAAAGGACUGUCCAAUACUGAUCACAGGAGACUCUUCCAUCAGCAGAAAACAUGCCGUCCUCAAAGUGUCUCAUAUUGAGCCAAAUCUGGGUGACCACAGGAAACUUCCCAUCCUGACGGUGCAGGAUCUCUCCAAAUUUGGAACAUUGGUGGGAGACCAGAAGGUCAAGGGUCAGGCCAUCCUGAAGAACAAUGAUGUCAUCACCUUUGGUGCCAUGGGUAGCAAGUGGAAGGUUCACUACCAGCCUUUGGUUGUCACAUCGUCCAUGCUUGACGCCUCGCUGAAGAGGAAGCUGAAGCAGCUGCUCCUGAAGUUGGGCAGCCAUCUUGUCACGGAGUGGCACAAGGAAUGUACACACCUCGUCAUGUCUAGUGUCAAGGUCACUGUCAAGACCAUCUCGGCCAUGGUGUGCUGUAAGCCUAUAGUGCUGCCCACCUUCUUCCAGAAGAUGCUUGAAGCAGCGAGCAGCCGAACGCAGAUGCCAGAUCCUGAAGACUUUCAGCCACCAGUUGCCGAGACAACCAUCAAUCCUAACGAGGUUACCUUCAAGUCCAACAGAGAGAGAAGAACGCUUUUCAAGAAGUUGAAGUUCAUCUUCUUCACCCCAAAACAGCUGAAACACCUUGGACAAGUCAUCAAUAUGGGUGGAGGGGAGACUGUUCUGAUGGAGACCCCGCCCCCCGACUGGAAGAACACACUCCUGGGAGAGGGGGUUGUGGUCCUGUCGUGUGAUGCUGGCACCGUGACCGAUCCUCAGCAACAGAAGUGGAUCAGGGACAGCACAAGUUUUCUUACAAAGAAUGCUCGUCGUACAGUUCAAGAGUCAGAGAUUGGGCUAGCUGUUCUUCACUCCUCAGUCGAUGCUUACUGCAAUCCUGAGAUAGAUCCAGGUUGCCUACUGUUCCAGUCCCAGGCCAUCCCCUCACAAUCUCUUUCCCAGGGUGCUGAGGUGUAUGUGUCCAACACAGAGUCAUCUCAGUCCCAGGGACCUGUACCAUCAGGAAGAAGUGUGAUCACUGACAGUAAUGUGUCAGGGCAGUCCCAGAUGCCAGCAGGAACAAGUCAGCAGUCUUCAAGACCCAAGAAGGCAACCAACCAGAAGAACACCCUCAUGAGUUACUUUGGGCCUUCUUCCUCCAAGAAAAGGGCUAGAGAAGAUGUAGAGGCAACUGAGAACUCUGAGGCCAAACAACGUAGGAUCGAGGAUAGCACAGAAAUUACAGAAACUCCACACACCAGCAUGGGCAUCAGCGAAAAGAACAUCAGGAUUAAACAAGAAAGAUCUCCAAGUCCGACCACUUGCUCCAAAUCUGUAGCUGGCACAUCUGAGGUUGACACUAAGGAAACUCGACCGCCAAAACAAGAGACAAGUGUGGAAACUAAGAAAGCUCAGCCACACAAAGUGACAAGUGUGGAGGCUAAGAAAAAUCAACCAAUGAAAGUUAAAGUAGAGCGAUCACCGCCUAGAAAGCCUAUGACAAGACAGAUGGAAGGAAAUGGGUCUUCAGAUGAAGAGGAGGAUCUUUUUGGACAUGGACCAAAGAGGGAGAGAAGGCGUCAGGAGAUACCUGGUUGGGAAGAUGACGAUCCUUUUGAGGUGAAAGCAAGUAACAGAGAAACAAAAGAGACACGUUCUAAGGUAGUGGAGGAAAGAGGACAAGGGGAGGGUGUGGUCAGUAGCCAUGGCAACAGGAAGAGACAAAAACAGCAAGAGUUUGCUGGUUCAGAGAGUGAUGAUCCUUUCGAGAUGAGACCUAGUAAGAAGGAAGCAAAAGAGGCACAGUCUGAGGUGGUGGAAGAGAUGGGACAAGGGGAGGGUGUGGUCAGUAGUCAUGGCAACAGGAAGAGACCAAGGCAAGAGGAGGAAGAGGAUGAAGAGAAGCCAGUAACAUCUGCAACAAGGAAUGGAGAUACUGCAACCAGGGUGGUCUCUGAAAGGAACACAACUUCCAAGAUAAACCUGGAUAUGAACCUCCCCUCCUGCGGAGAGGUAGAAGAAGACCAGCCGUCCAACCUGACAACCGUUGACGUGGUGUCCCUGGUAGUCAGGAAGGCUCGCCCCGUCCAACCCAGGUACACAGAAGAAACAGACGAUCCCAACAAAACGCCCGUCAAGAACUUCAAGAAGUUCAGAAAGGUUCCAUAUGUUGGGAUGGAGAGAGGCCUGCCUCGUAUCAUUGGCGGUACCGACCUGGUGGUACACGUGCCCUCCAGGGUUAGUAAUGAGAUGCACAACUUCUGGCUGGAUGAGAUGGAGGAUGAGAGUCAAAGAGCAAAGGCCGAGGAAGAAGAAGAUGACCUCUUCAAAUUUGAUUUCAAGAAGACAAGAAAGAGAUGAGACUGUUGGCUCAAGCAAAACUGGCGUUGAGACAUAAUAUUCAAAUGUGUCUCUAAGUUAGUCAUAACUCAGAUAAAGGUUUGAAACUGUGUCUGACGUUUAAAGAGAUUAUGUAACACAAAGAGCUGGUAACAUGACUUCAUAUUUUGUUCAUUUAUAGUUGGAAAAGCAGAAUAUGACUAAGGCUUAAAGCUAUUAUCGUAAAGACAUACCAGUCAAGCAUGCUGUGACAGUCUGAUAUAACUAACAUAACCAUGUCUUAACCUAUACUUUUGAAUAGGAUGAGACCAUCCAUGCAAGAAUAGCCAGUAAGUUACCCAAAGAUGAAUAAAUAAACAAUUAUGUUCUGCUGGCAGAUAAUGUUUUGUACUGGUUUUUGUAGAGAAUAUGUGUCUGAACUGUGUUCUGAAUUGACUGAUUGAUGCUGAAUAUGUGAUUCGACUCAAGUGCUUGUGUGAGUUUGCAGAAAAGGUAAGAUCAUGUCUUUCUGGAUAUUAUUAUUAAGUACAUGUUGAUGACAAUAAAGUGAGUGUGAGUGAGUGACUAACUGAUUUAUCUAAUAGUAUGGUGCAUCUGGUAUUUUAUUACAUUUGUUCAUUUCUAUGCUGCAUUCCCAUUUUGUAGCAUUAUGUUGUGUUGCAAAUUGCAAUGUAUUGAAUUUAUAUACAUUUCAAAAUGUUAGAGAACUAAGAUUUACUAUGAUAAUGCUUAUAAUAUUACAGGUAUUCCAUGUAACAAGAUAAAUAUUAACCUCUUACUGUUUACAUCUCGUGCUUUACAGGAUAAAGAUUGGAAAGUCAAUACUAGCAAAAAGGCAAG